GUCUGUCUUGCCACGGCAGUCUCGACCUCGGCGCGAACACAAUCACCGACACCUCUUGCUUCGCCCUCCGCGUGGCCUUGCUUGCUCUCCGCAUGCGUGCGUACUUAUUAACCGUAUGCCAAUGCCCUUUCCGCCUCUUCUUCGUCGAGGUCGAUCACGUCGGCCGCUGUCCCUCCUCUCAGAGACGUCAGCUGUUUCUUGACCAUAGCAAAGUCCGCUAUCGUUGCCGCCUUCUUCGUCUGGACCGCCGACUCGGCGCUGUACAGCUUGUUGUAGAACACGAUCACUCGCGGGCCUGUCCCUUUUCGAACACCUUGCCGAGGUCGACCUUGACGCGCUCCAGCGUCUGGCCCUGGGCCUUGUGGAUCGAGAGCGCCCACGCCAGAAUCAGGGGCAGCUGCUUCCGCCGGGCUUGGACCUGGCCGUUGGGGAGUUCCACCUUCCAGUCUUCCGGCACGCAGAGGAGUAUCCGGUGGGUCCCGUCCGUCGUCGUGAAGCGGAUGACUGGGAAUUGCUGGGCCGCCAUUCCGUUCUUCAAAUCGCCCCGAUUCCCCACGUCUCUCACGUCUUUCUCGCUACUGAAUUGCCUGAUUUUAUCCGUCAAGCGGGCUGCGUCGGCUGCGUCGACCGCUUCUUUGUCCGCAGACCAGAUAUCAAACGUAGAUUCGCUCAUGAACGCGAUGACCUUUCCGAGAGAGCCGUUCACGAGAGUCUCGUCUAAAUUCUUGAUCAGCAUCACUUGGGCACCCUUCCGCAGAUCUAUCGCUUUGGGGGCCAUCAUGUUCGACAGCAACCUGUCCCGGACUGCAGGCUCGCCGGAAUCUACGGCCCCGUAGCGAAAGGUCGGGCCGGGCAGAUUGCGCAGUCGCGCCUCAUUGGAUUUGUCGACCUCAUUGCGCGUCGGGAAUCUA